AUGGCGUUGAGAUUCCGGCCCCCAAAGUCGACCCAGAAGGUCAUGCCAGUGAAACCCUCUAAGGGCCAUUUCUUGUUCGCGCACCAGGAGUUUGCUCGCGUGCCCUGGUGGAAGAGAAAGAAUAUGCGUACCCUAUACAUCUACAUCGUCAUUCUCAUCAUGACCAACACAGCGAACGGUUUCGAUGGCUCCAUGAUGAACGGUCUCCAAACCCUUUCCUACUGGCAAGAAUACUUCAACCACCCUCACGGCUCGCUUCUCGGUCUCUUUAAUGCCUCGAUGAGUCUUGGGUCGCUGAUCGGCCUGUUCAUCGUGCCUUACAUGAUUGAUGCCUGGGGACGUAGGCUGGGGUGUUUCGUUGGGUGCCUUAUAAUGCUGCUUGCAGUGGGCUUGCAGUCUGGUGCUACGGGCUUUGGGAUGUUCAUCGCUGCUCGUCUCCUUAUUGGAUUUGGUGAUUGUCUCGUUCUCGGUAGUGCUCCGCUGUUGAUUGCAGAAAUCGCACAUCCACAAGACCGUGCUGUUCUUGUCACGCUGAGUGGUGCUUCUUAUCACUCUGGCGCGUUUAUUGCUAGCUGGGUGACACUGGGUACACUGAAGAUUCAGAGCGACUGGUCAUGGCGUCUCCCAAGCUUGCUCCAGGCCAUUUGUACCAUUGUCAUUGUGUGUGGUAUCUGGCUGAUGCCGGAAAGUCCUCGUUGGCUGAUGAGCAAGGGAAGACACGAAGAAGCCAUGCGGAUUCUCGUCAAAUACCAUGGUGAGGGUGAUCAGGACGACGCAUUUGUGCAUCUGGAGUACGCAGAGAUCAAGGCUGCCAUUGAUAUUGACAAGGAGAUUGACCAAACUCGCUGGGUCGAUUUCUUGAAAACCAAGGGCAACCGGAGACGAAUCGGCCUCAUCACAGCCCUUGGUCUCUUCAGUCAAUGGAGUGGUAAUGGUCUGAUCUCUUAUUAUUUGAAGCAGGUCAUGGACAGUGUUGGUAUCAAAAAGGCAUCUACACAACUCGGAAUCAACGCGGGUAUCAAGACCGAAGCCUUGCUCACCAACUUUAUCCUGGCGUUUUUCAUUGACAAGUUGGGAAGAAGACCAGUAUAUAUGGUUUCAACCGUUGGAACGUUCGUGGUCUUCAACGCAUGGACUAUCGUGUCAGCACGGUAUGCAAUUGCGGCGAAUCAGGCACUUGGCUACAUUUUCGUGGUUCUGACAGUUCUCUACGGACUGUUCUACGACAUCAAAUCUGGCCUAAUGGCAACAUACACCACCGAGAUUCUUCCUUACGGUCUUCGUGCCAAGGGCUUUACUUGGCUGAACUUUUGUGUUACGGCGGCGCUCUUCUUCAACCAAUACAUUAAUGCAAUUGCCCUUGAUGCAAUCGGUUGGAAGUAUUACAUAGUCUACUGCGUUUUCCUGGGGAUGGAAGUGUUCGUUAUCUACACUUUCUUGAUCGAAACCCGUUACACCCCUAUGGAGGAAAUCGCCAAAUACUUCGAUGGCGACGACGCGGCUGAUGUUGGUGAGAUCGCCGUCGCGGACAUUAAGGAGCAAGCUAGAGAUACCGAGGGCAAGGCGGCUACCGUUCACGUUGAAGUGAAGGAGUGA